AACAACAACUGCUACAGGGAUUCUCUGGCCCUGUGUUUCUUGAACAGUGGAACCAGUUUUGUCGCAGGUUUUGCCAUCUUCUCGAUUCUCGGCUUCAUGUCUUACGAACAGAACGUCCCGAUCUCAGAAGUGGCUGAGUCUGGUCCUGGUUUGGCGUUCAUUGCGUAUCCGCGAGCAGUGUCCAUGAUGCCCGUCUCUCCGCUGUGGGCCUGUUUCUUCUUCAUCAUGAUUGUUCUGCUGGGCUUGGACAGUCAGUUCGUGUGUGUGGAGAGUCUGGUCACAGCUACGGUGGACAUGUACCCCACUUUCUUUCGUCGGAAGAACCGCAGAGAGCUGCUGAUCCUCGUCGUGGCCGUCGUGUCCUUCCUCGUGGGUCUCAUCAUGCUCACAGAGGGUGGAAUGUAUGUCUUCCAGCUGUUUGAUUACUACGCUGCCAGUGGGAUGUGUUUGCUGUUCGUUGCUAUUUUUGAGACGGUGUGCAUCGCUUGGAUAUACGGUGCUAAUCGGUUCUAUGACAACAUCGAGGACAUGAUUGGUUACCGUCCCGGGCCGUAUAUUAAAUACUGCUGGCUCUUUUUCACCCCAGCCACGUGUUUUGGCACGUUUGCGUUCUCGCUGAUCAAGUACACUCCUCUGAAGUAUAAUAACGAGUAUGUGUACCCGUGGUGGGGGUACGCUCUGGGCUGGCUGCUGGCGCUCUCCUCCAUGCUCUGCAUCCCGCUCUGGCUCCUUUCUAAACUGAGCACAGCCAAAGGGUCACUGAGAGAGCGUUUCCAGAAGCUCAUCACUCCCUCGCAGGACCUGCCCAAAACCAGACGAGAGCAGGAGAAGCUUCAGGCCAUCUUCACAGCCGACGGCGACGCUCUGCGCUCCACCAAAGAUGGGUACAUCCCUGUCAGCGAGAAGGAGUCGCACUGCUAGACGUGUGCCUCUGAACCUUCCUGUGAUACCUCACACAGAACUGACAGCCAAAAACAUUACCACAGACAGACAGAAGGGCUACUUCUCAUUUACAAAAAACAGUGGUUAGUUCAUCACACACUCUCAGAAGAAAAGGUACAAAAGCUCUGUCACUGGAACAGGUGCACUUUUUUACCUUUUUUUCGGAGCGUGCACAUCUAGAGAUUUCAGUUAAAGCCGUUUCUCAAAAGGAGAUGUUUCUCCACUUAAGCAGCCUGUUGUGUUCCUAUCGAAGGUUUUUAUAAAGGGCUUGUUAUCGUUCACCUUGUUUUAUACAGCACUUGAUUCGUGAAAAAAAAACAUCAUUUAUUCCGUCUGUUGACAGUGUUUUCUGAUUCAUGGAGAAAUCAAAACAGAUACAUCCAAAAUCUCAUCGGUAAAAACUAAAUGAAAGGAGAACUGUAAACCUGGCUUCAUCCAAUCUUCUGGAAAUGCAUGCAGAUUUGAUCAUAUAAUACCUCAUUUGUAUGACUAAACAUAACACUUCAGAAAAACAUGUUUGCAGUCCUUAAUAAACUAAGUAUGGUGAUCUAUUACUUUUUUUUGUUAGUUGGUUUGUUGGUGUUUUUACCUUAUUCACCUGUCUUGCAUUAAAUUAAACAUUAAUAAUGCUCAGUAUUGUGUGCUAUGUUGUGCUUUUAGGAUAUAAUAAACUGCACCCAAAGCAUUCUGGGUCUUUUCCCGUCAACCCCUUCUGAAACAGAAACUGGAGGAUCUGUUUCAGUUCAAACGAUCAAUGCAUCUGCUUUCUAAGGAAGCAAUAUUGUGUUUUUUUUAGAGUCCAUGUGGAUGUUGAUGGUAAACACAGCAAUGUCUGUGGGGUUUUAUACAAGAACCAUCUUGCAUGAGUUAUUAUUAAUCCUUAUGAAGGUUUUAGACGAUACAGAACGGAUGCAUGCAUGAAUAUGGUACUGUUUUGAGGUUUCAGUGUUACACAGGUUCAGUCAUCGUUUUUGUGCACUUCUUUGAGAAUGUUUUAGGAUAUAAAUCAUUUGUGAUUUUUGUAUUUUUAUUGUGAAACUGUUUGAGCAGUGUGCAUCUGUCAUGUCGAAUCUGCUGUGUGAUAAAGCUAUGGAAUUUUAACUUCUGCACAAAUCAAUCAGAAUGCAUUUUAAGGACAAAUCGGAUGCAUUUCUUCUUCCUUGUUUUCACUGGUGCAUGCUGUCUUGAUGUAUAUGAAGUCUUGUGGAAGCAGUCUUUGUGUUUAUAAGCUGUACACAUCAGUUGCAUUGGGUUUCACAACCUUGUAGAUGUGUAACAUUUGAGCCAGAUAUACCUUAUUACUCAUGUACAUUACAUCAAUAAAAAGAAACCGCUAUGAGGACUAUUCAA